AUGCUGUCCGACCACUGGGCCCAAUGCGCCACGCAACCGUCGCUUGUCGACCCCUGGGACGGCGGCAGCGGCGCCGCCCGCCCUACAAAUCGCGGAUGUGUCGCCGAGAAUGCGCGCGCUGCAGCGGCGGCGGCGGCGCAGGCGGCGGAGGCGGCGAUGAACCAGCAGUGCAAGGUGUGCGGCGAGCCCGCCGCGGGCUUCCACUUCGGCGCCUUCACCUGUGAAGGCUGCAAG